AUGACAAUGGAAGAAGAACAAGUUUCCUUAGCAGGAACACUCCCUUUUGAUAGAGCUGUUGAACAGGCAAUUGUAUCUAUAAAGAAAGGUUCAUAUUUACUCAAAUGUGGUAGUAGAGGAAAGCCUAAGCUAUGUCCUUUCAGGCUUUCUCCGGAUGAGAGAAAUUUGAUCUGGUGCUCAGGGCAGCAGGAGAAGCAUUUGCGGUUGAGCGGCGUUACCAAAAUUGUUCAAGGACAAGGAAAUAAUAUAAGGACUCAGAAACAAAGCGAAACCGAAAAGGAAUGCCAUUCGUUUUCACUGAUCUAUGCUAAUGGUGAACACUCUCUUGAUCUGAUAUGCAAGGACAAAUCUCAAGCUGCUACUUGGUUUGUUGGAUUGAAAGCAGUGAUUUCAAGGUGCCAGCAACCAAAAGCUUUUAGUAGUUUAAGAAGCUGCAAAGGAGUGCAGAGUUGUGUUAGUAGUCCGGCCGGAAUUUUACGCCGAAAGAAAAAUCUCGGUCUUAUAGACGACACCUCUCAAUUUACUCAGGUACAUAGUGUAUGUGCAAGUCCAAGUUUGUCACUUUCAGAAAGGUGUUUUUCUGAUGGCAUGUCAUAUGCAUCUGAUAACUUCUAUUCGUCGGCAUCAUCGCUUUCCAGCAUUCAUGGUAUAGCAGAUAAUUCAGUCCCAAGUUCGCCAUAUAUUAAUCCAGAUAUUCAUAGCCAUAUUAAAACAUCUCGUUUCGAAAAGGAGUACAAAAAGGAUUUGUCAUCAUAUAGAUCGAUCAUGGCCCCUACCUCGCCACAUGUAGGAAAUAACAGUAGCAAUGUGUUGAAGGAUGUAAUGAUAUGGGGUGGAGGAAUUGGUUGCCUUGUAGGGAUUGUGAAUGAGAGAUUUGUUCAAAAUAGUAAUUAUUCUUUAGUGCCGAAGUUACUCGAAUCCACGGCAAUGUUAGAUGUUCAAAAUGUAGCUUUAGGAGGAAACCAUGCUGCUAUAGUUACAAAACAAGGUGAAGUAUUCUGUUGGGGUCAAGGGAAGUGGGGAAGGUUGGGGCAGAGAAUUGAUAUGGACACCAGUUCCCCGAAAAUAGUUGAUUCUCUUAGUGAUAUUCGUGUAAAAAACGUUGCAUGCGGUGAGUAUCAUACAUGUGCUUUGACGGAUUCUGGCGAAGUAUAUGCGUGGGGGAACGAUGUUUCUUGUUCGGGUUUGGUUGAUGAAGGAAGGAUUAGAAGUCAGUGGUUAACGCAUAAACUUUCUUUACCUGUAGAGGGUAUUAGUAUUUCGAGUGUUUCUUGUGGCGAAUGGCAUACCGCUAUGGUCUCUAGCUGCGGUCGGUUGUUUACAUAUGGAGACGGUACGUUUGGAGUGCUUGGACAUGGGAAUUAUCAGAGCACUUCUAGUCCAAAAGAGGUUCAGUCUCUUAAGGGUCUAUGUGUGAGGUCUGUUACUUGUGGAACAUGGCAUACGGCUGCAAUCAUCGAAGUCAUUGCCGACCGUUUUAAGUACAAUACUUCUACCGGUAAGCUGUUUACAUGGGGUGAUGGAGAUGAAGGGAGACUCGGUCAUUCUGAUAACGGAAACAAACUCGUACCUACAUGUGUUUCGCAGCUUGUCGACUACGAUUUUGUUCAAGUAUCUUGUGGAAGGACGAUGACAUUAGCACUUACUAGCAUGGGGAAAGUUUUUGCAAUGGGAAGUUCAAAGUUUGGACAAUUGGGAAAUCCACAUGUUAAGGAUAGAGCAGUUAUCGUUGAAGGAAUGCUUAAACAAGAGUAUGUUAAAAAGAUAUCUUGUGGUUCAUAUCAUGUUGCGGUUUUGACAUCUUCAGGGAGUGUGUACACAUGGGGCAAAGGCGAAAAUGGACAACUCGGGCUUGGCGAUACCGAAAACCGAUACACACCUUCUUUUGUUGAGACAUUAAGAGACAGGCAGGUAGAAACAAUAACGUGUGGUCCAAGUUUCACAGUUGCAAUAUGUUUGCAUAAACCAAUUUCAAUUAGUGACCAAUCAAGCUGUAGUGGUUGUAGGUUACCAUUUGGCUUCACAAGGAAGAAACAUAACUGUUAUAACUGCGGUCUUUUGUUCUGCGGCACUUGUAGUAGCAAAAAGGUUAUGAACGCUUCUCUAGCCCCGGUUAAAAGCAAGGCCUUUCGCGUUUGUGAUUCGUGCUUUGAUAGAAAGCAAGGUAACAGUAGUGCACAUUCAACUAUGGACUCAUCAAAGUCUAGAAAUUAUAACCAUCAGCAUUUACAAAAGCAUAAGAACAAGAGUUAUGAUCUCACUGAAGAUAGAGGUGAAACAAAUGUGACAAACGGUCCUUUAUUAUCGCUUGGUCAAUCGUGUUACCGGAAAAACAUGCCUAGUGGAAGGAAGGUUUGGAAAAACCAACAAGAAAGCCAACAGGAUUUAGAAGAUAGUUCUUCUAAGUUUGGUAGUUUGCCACAAUGUGGACAAAUUCCAUGUUCGGCACAAUUUCGAAGCAAUUGUACAGAUAAUUCAGCUGUGCAUGAUUCUUCACCACUCAAUGUAGAAUCCACAGAUAUGAAGUCUGAUAAGUUACUCAUAGAAGUUCAGAGGCUGAGAGCUGAGGCUAGAAGACUUGAAAAGCAAUGUGAACUCCAAAACCACGAAAUACAAGAGUGUCAACAUAAAAUCGAAGAGAGUUGGUCUGUGGCGAAAGAGGAAGCUGCAAAGUGCAAAGCAGCAAAAGAGGUCAUAAAAGCUUUGGCAUUAAGGCUUCACACAUUAUCAGGAAAAGAUAAUCAUGGACUAGAACAAAAAGCCGGGCUACAGGAAUUUCUUCCGAAUUUGGCACAGAUACAUACAGAUUCGAAUACUCCAAGAAAUACCAACAUGGACAGUCUAUCGAAUUCACCUAUAGUAUUUUCCAGUGCAUUAAGAUCCAAAUUUGGUAGAAGUAUGCUCCUCAAAAAUGACAAUUCGAUGCACAACAACGCUAGCCUCACCAUACCAGAAUCUCAACAAGACACUGCAGAUAGCUUGAAGGCUGAAUGGGUAGAACAGUACGAGAAUGGUGUUUACAUCACAUUAAUAACUUCGCCGAGCGGAGAAAAAGGACUUAAGCGCGUGAGAUUCAGCCGGAAGCGAUUUGCACAAAAGGAAGCUGAAAGAUGGUGGGAAGAGAAUCAAGCAAAAGUGUAUCAUAAGUAUGGAAUUGAAUGA